AGCCAGCAGAAGCAUGACACAGCUGAGGAGUGUGUUAGAAGAGCAGCCCUCCGCUGAAGCUGCUCUUUCUCCAAAGAAGAGGGCUGGAAUGGCUCCUAGAAGUCCUCAGGCUACAGGGGGGUGGGGAGAGGGGGACUUGGAAAUGACCUGGCAAGAACUACAGCACAGCCAUGCAGUCAAUCAGCUAAGAUCAUUACUCCGUCAACAAGAAAAGGAGUCUGCACCCAGUACACCUACAAGUAGAAGAAAAACAUCACACAAGAGGCCUUCAGAAAAAGGAAAUGCUGAUUUGCCAGCUAUUCAAGAUCUUGUCCCUAUUAUUAACAGUCAGUCUGAAUACAUUCAGCAUCUAGAGGAGGAGGUCAAGUUUUGCAAGGAAGAGCUAUUUGGGAUGAAACAACGCAUUAGUGUAGUGAUUCUUGAAAAUGACAAACUGCAUGAAGAAUUGAAGUUGAAGAAUGUUGAGGACACUUUGAAAGACUAUACUAUCUUGGAAGCCUCGACAAAUGUCCCGGAAUCCUGUUUUGUUGGAGGAACUGGCCCCGGAGCUCCGGAUCCCAAACAGCACUCUCACAGGCAGCAGCCGCAGCAGCAGCAGCAGGUUCAGCCCCCAUUAGCUCCUGCACAGCCUCUACCAUCCAAUGAUCCGACAGAUGCUCUGAAAUGGCAAAUGGAACUGGAGAAAUUAAAACUACUCUAUCAAGCAAAAACGGAAACGUUAGAAGCGCAGAUGAUGUCAUUGAGAAAAGAUUUGGCAGUUUCACAGACUGACUGUGAAGAAAUGAAAGGACGACUAAGGCAUCAGGAGUCAGUGGCAGACAUGUCCAGUGGGAACCGUGUCGGUGGCUUGUGUUUGAAGUGUGCCCAACAUGAAGCUGUUUUGGCACAGACCCAUACAAAUGUACAUAUGCAAGCAAUAGAAAGAUUAACAAGAGAAAGAGAUGAACUGAUGGCCGUAUUAUCCUGCCAGAGGAACAAUCAGGGUGAAAUGGAGCAAAGAGAAUCCAAUGCAUAUCGGCAGGUCAAACAGGCUGUGGAGAUGGCAGAAGAAGCCAACCUGGAAAAAACACAGGCAUUGAUCCAAUGUGAGCAGUUAAAAAAAGAGAUGCUGAGGCAAAAAGAUCGACUUGAAAUGGAAUUGGCUGCUGAACAAGAGAAGAUUACCAAAGCCAAGGAGACUGCACGAGAGGAAAUGAAGAAGGAAAAAGAAGAGUUAGCGGCAUCUGUGAUGUCACUCUCCGUAAAGGUGGCCAGUCUCGAAGGCCAGCUCGAGAGGUUAUCCAGAGAAAAGAAUUCAGUAGCCAAUCAGCUGGAGGAAGCUCAAAGGCAGCUCACUUCUCAGGAGUUGGAUAUCAGUGAGGUGUGUGGAGAGCUGCGGUAUCAGUUAAACCAAUCUCAAUUGAAGAGGGAUGAGGCAGAGAAAGAGCUCCGGGAAUUCAGAACUAAAACCACGAGGGAUCUUGAACUCCGAGAACAGGAAAUAGAGAAGCUGCGUUUGGAGCUGAGCGAAACCAAGCAGCGUCUGGAACGUGCUCAGCAGGACUCGGCCUGCGCCAAGGAUGAGUCCCUGAGACUGACAGAGCUGCUGGGCAGAUCUGAGCACCAACUGCACCUCACCAGGCUGGAGAAAGAGACUGCUGUCCGCUGCCGCAGUGACGAAGUGAAGGCCUUGACCUUCCAGGCCCAACACCGUGAGCAAGAGCUGAUACAGAAGAUGCAGCAAAUGGAGGCUCAGCAUGAGAACAGCGUUAACGAACUGGAAGCCUUGUUAAAUUCCCAAAAUACUUUGAUAGGCAAACUGAAGGAUGAGUGCCGAAUCCUGGGUACAAAGCUAGAACGUGUGACAGAGAAGAACAGGUCAGAAAUUGGCCAGCUUUCCCAGGAGAACAUGUACCUUCGGGAUACUCUGGAGAAACUUCAGUCUCGUAGUGACAAGAUGGAAGAGCAGUGUAUUCAGCAUGGGCGGAUGCACGAGAGAAUGAAACAAAGACUAGGGCAGCUAGAUCAGCAUUGCCAGUCGAGCGCUCAGCACGUGAUGGAAUUGCUGAACAAGCAGAACCAGCUGCUGAAGGAGAGGCACGCUCUGAUUGAGGAGAUGCAGCACCUGAGGAUACAGUUUCCUAAUUUAUCAAGAAUUGAAAGCUGACCAUCAUGAAACAUGAGAGCGGUGUCAAGAGGUGUUUUUGGUCAUUAUAGCACCAAAUAAUGGAUCAAGCCAAUUUUUUAUUAUUAUUUUAUUUUUGAUAUAACAAUUUGCACCGGUGUCUUUUUUUAAAUUAAAAUUCAUUAACUACUGUUUAUAUGAACAUCUCAGAGGUUGUAAUGUGUAUUGAAGUAUGAAACUAAAACCAGUUUUCUUAACACUCCCAUUAUAUUAUUUUCUACUUACUGUUUUAUUAAUAUGGUGAGCUUGCAUACAAGUGAUAAUCUGUACAAAUUAAAAUGGAUAGCUUCCUAUUUGCAAGAAAAAAGCACAACCCAUUUACCUCCUUUUGUAGUUUGGAUGAAGGUGAUAAUUACUUUUGCAGAUUUGCCAUACCAUUUUUUUUAUAAAAAAAGAAUGUAUACCAUGACUCCGCAUUCAGCCAAUUGCCUGAAAUUGAAAUGGUCUGUAAGUUUGUUUUUUCCUUUCAGUUCAAGUUAAGUUUAUAGUCUUCCACAUAUCUUCCAACACUGUCUUUGUUUUGAUAUCUUAAUUAUUAAGAUUAUGCAAAUUUGUUUUUAAGUAAACAUGUGCGAAAUGAAAGCCAAAAAAAACCCACCUGUUAGGGAAAGGUUAUAAUAUAAAAUGCCUUUUUAAAUUGAGUUUAAUAAACCAGUGUUAAGAUACAUUAUAACAAAGUUAAUUGUCACUUCUCAGCAUGAAGAGAAUUAGAAUUGAGGAGAAUAUGGUGGAAUAAUAUGAUUUGGCACUCUGUGGUUUUUUUUAUUUGCACUUUGAAUGCUGAUUAAUGUAAACAUAAAGUGUAAUUCACUAACAGAGGUUGCCUGUUUAUUUUCAUGCCUCCUGAUCAGUAAGUUGCAGUGGUGACGACAUUGAAAUUGAGCAUUUGAUAGCUGUCAAUACAAAAUUAAAGCUAAACCCCAGAUUCUGAUAUUCUCAAUAACUACUGCAACAGAAUGUCAUUUAAAUUGGAUAAGCUGUUCUCUUGAUGUGCAUGUAAAAUUUGAAAUUUAUACUGUGAUUUCAUACAGGUGGACAGACAAGGGGUGCCUACGUUAUUUCUCUGCUGCAUCACAUAUAGUAUUAGAAAUUGACAAAACUCACUGUACUGAAGCCUAUUACACAAACAGCAGCAUCAAAACAACUGGGGAACACUUACUGUGCAGGCUUAAUGUUCCAAAUUCAAAGUGAAAAUUUUGAAAUUGCAUACCACUGAAUGUGGUGUACAAGUCUGCCUUCUGAGGUCUUUGGAAAAAUGUGUUUGGCUUGAUUACCAGUGCUAUUUAUAUACAGAUGUGAACAUGCAGCUUGCACCAGAAUGACCCAUUUUUUUUUUACAUUACAAAAUAGGUUAUUUCCAGCAUCCAGUCUGCGAAUACCAUUUUCAAGUUGAACAUUGUGUCAAGAACUGUAACUUGAACAGAUCAUCAGAUAUCACUUACAAAAAGGAGUAUUAACAAACAAGAUUUCAUUUUA